AUGGAACGUCCACCCCUUUCUCCAACUCGUGAUCUGGAACAGUCGCAUUCGGGAUCCGCCAACUUUCCUCAACCACGUCCAUUGAUCGGCUCGACGCAUCCCAUGCCCCCACUUCACAUGGCCCCAGCUUUUCGCCCGUUAUUGCCUUCCGGCUGGACAGAACAUCAAGCACCCAACGGAAUGUUUUAUUAUUAUAACGCGGCAACCGGACAAAGUAGUUGGGAGAGACCGGUCAUGACACCUGGUUUCGCGACUUUGCCGGUUCUUCAUCAAAGUGUUUCGCAACAGGUUCCAGCACAGCAGCAGAAGGAACAAUCGAAAGUGAAAAAGAAAAAAGAAAAGGCGAAGUCCAAGAAACCAAUUCCCGAUACAAAGUGGCAUAUUGUCACGACCACGGAGGGAAAUCAAUUUUAUUAUAAUUCAGAGACGAAACAAUCGUUAUGGAAAGUUCCUGAAGAAAUCGCGGAGGCGGUCAGGAUCAUCAAAGAACAGGAGGCCAGAGAGUCUCAAAACCAAAAAUCCCAGGACAAAACCGGUGUUAAAAGGAAAGCGGAGGAUGAUGAUGAGGCAAUGGCUGGUGAAGACGCGAAGAGGGCAAAAGGAGGUUCGGCAGUCAUGGAAAAUGAGGGAACAGAAUUGACAGAGGAUGACAUCGCCUUCCAACUUCAAUUCAUGGAAGAGCAGGAACGUCAAGAAUCUGAUGUUGAACACAGUGAAUCGCAUGAUCAUUCAACGGAGCAUGCGAUGAGUGACGAAGGCUCUCAACUGUUGAGCAAAGAGAAGGGCAAAGGCGUGGAUCUCUUGCCUGAGGAACGUGCGCUGAAAUUCAAGGUCUUAUCCGAAAAGGAUGAAUACUUGAAGUUGCUAGAAGAAGAGACGUCCUAUCGUUCACACUGGGAUUCUUUCAGAUCAAGUUUCAAGCGAGACCCUAGGUUCAAGAAUUUUGCGGACGACAAAGAGAGAGAGAAAUUGUUCCGCAAACACGUUCGGGAUUUGAAAGAUAAAGAGGCAGAGCGCAAACGAGCGCAACAAAAAAAGGCAGUGGAAGAUUUCAUGAAACUUUUGAGGGAAACGAGAGAAAUCCAAUCCGAUUCGAGUUGGCGUAAGGUUAAGAGGCUGAUUGAUGAUGAUCCGAGGUAUGAGGCGGUGCAGUCGUCUUCUCAGAGAGAAGAGCUAUUCAGGGAAUAUUGCAAAAAACUUGAGGACGAAGAUGUGGAAGAGAUGGAAAGGAAGGAACAUGCACGGAAGCAAAGAGAGCGCAAAGAGAGAGAGGAAGAAAGCCUGAGGAAUCGAGAAGCUCAAGUGAGAAACGAAAGGAGAAUUCAAAAUUUUGACAGGAAUUCGACGAAAAAGAGAAUGAUGCGUGAGGAGUCUAUUCGUGAGUUUCAAACUCUGCUGAUAGACCUGGUUCGAACUCACGAGACCACAUGGGAAUCCAAGAAAACCGAUCUAUCGCGCGAUCAUCGUUUCGGCGGUGAAGGUCUGGACGAUGUGGACAGAGAACGCCUCUUCAACGAACACAUUGAUAAUAUAUAUCGGGCCCGUCUCAAAUCAUACCAUCAACUUCUCGAACAACAUGUGAAGCUGGAUACUACCUGGCUCGAGGUAUAUCCGGUCAUCAAGGACGAUCCACGCGCAGUAAGGCUUUCCAAGGAUGAAUUUCAGUUGGAGAAUUUAUUCAACGAUUACGUGAAUAUGAGAGUAGAGCGGGUCAAACAAGAAUUUCUCGAGCUACUGAAGGAAAAUCAAUUCGUGGAGUACAGGGCACGCAUGGUUCAACUGUCCGAGAACGGAGCAAAAGAUGAGACUGGUGCAGAGAAAGAGAAGGCGCGCAAGCUCACAUUAGAGGAGAUCCAUGAUGUCCUCAAGGAUGAUACGCGAUUUUUGGUAUUGAACAUUAUGCCAGAGGUACGUGAUGAAUUAAUAACCCAAUACCUGAAUAACAUGGAAGCGCCAAAGAUGACAGUUCACCAGGGACGGGAAUAA